GACAGAGACAGAGAGACAGAGACAGAGACUAUUCUAAUUAUGAUUCAUCUCCAAUGAUGUGACUGCAUCAAACUGUAUCACAAUCUAGAAAGGAAUGUUGAAAUGUCAACUAAGGAAAGACUUGCUUAUUUUGCAAAUCAGCCUAGUAUCUCAAUGAUGUCCUACUAAUAUUACAAGCAACAAUAAUGAGAAUAAUUUCAAUAUGAACAUAGAUUUUCCAACUAAGUUCCUACAAGUAAGCCACCCACACACACACACAAACAGAGGAUCCCUUGGGUAUAAUUCAGCCCAGACCUAUUUCUGACUGCAGCAACAGCUUGGAGAUUUAAGGAUUUGCCUCCAUUUGGCCCACAGCUUCAGCUGACGGUAGCAAGUCUAUUAAUUCCGUUGAACACACCAUUCUCUAUUCUGUCCUUGCCCUUGUCCCUGAUUGGAAUACAAUCCUCACAUGGCGUGCCCCAACUCAAAAUCCCUCUCAGAAGUGCUGAAUGGCAGAUCUGGAGUUUAUUCAGAGCCCGUGGUUGAUCCCCAUGCAGCUCCAGUGACGGCCUCCCUCCCUGGAGCAGGGACUCUGGCCACAGAAGAGAAAGCCGGGUCAGACUCACGCAGGGCGAGUGAGGCGAGUCUAAUAGACGAAGGGGAGCAGCAGUUGCCGACUCUGGUUGUCGAAAUGGGAGCAGGAGCCAGCGCUGAGGAGAAACAUUCCAGGGAGCUGGAAAAGAAGCUGAAAGAAGAUGCUGAGAAAGAUGCGAGGACGGUGAAGCUUCUACUGCUGGGUGCUGGGGAAUCUGGCAAGAGCACCAUUGUCAAGCAGAUGAAAAUUAUUCACCAGGAUGGUUAUUCCCGGGAGGAGUGUCUGGAGUUCAUCACCAUUAUCUACAGCAACAUCCUGCAGUCCAUGAUGGCCAUCGUCAAGGCAAUGACCACCCUGAGCAUCGGCUACGGAGACAGUGGCAGACAGGACGACUCACGCAAGCUGAUACAUCUCGCGGAUACCCUUGAGGAGGGCUCCAUGCCGAAGGAACUGUACGAGAUUAUCAGCCGCCUGUGGAAGGACUCCGGGAUCCAGGUCUGCUUUGAACGCGCCUCAGAGUACCAGCUGAACGACUCCGCUGGAUAUUACCUCAAUGACCUGGACCGCGUUGUCCAGCAAGACUACCUCCCCACCGAGCAGGACGUGCUGCGCUCACGAGUGAAAACUACCGGCAUCAUUGAGACCCAGUUCGGAUUGAAAGAUCUCAACUUCAGGAUGUUUGAUGUUGGGGGACAACGUUCCGAGCGUAAGAAAUGGAUCCACUGCUUCGAAGGCGUCACGUGCAUCAUCUUCAUCGCUGCGCUCAGCGCCUACGACAUGGUCCUGGUGGAGGAUGAUGAAGUGAACCGCAUGCAUGAGAGCUUACAUCUCUUCAACAGCAUCUGUAACCACCGCUACUUCAUCGCAACCUCCAUCGUCCUCUUCCUCAACAAGAAGGAUGUGUUCCAGGAUAAGAUCCUGAAGACCCAUCUGAGCAUCUGCUUCCCGGACUAUGACGGCAACAACUCAUUGGAAGAUGCUGGAGCCUACAUUAAACUCCAGUUCCUGGAAUUAAACAUGAGGAAAGAUGUGAAGGAGAUCUACUCUCACAUGACCUGUGCCACAGACACAGAGAAUGUCAAGUUUGUGUUUGAUGCGGUGACAGACAUCAUCAUUAAGGAGAACCUGAAAGAUUGUGGUCUGUUCUAAACAGAUUCCAGCACCAAGGUAUUGAUGAGAACUGAAUUAUAUUCAAUGUUAAAACUCUCGCCCCUACUUCCCAAUGCAUGGUCUCACUCCUUUCACUUCUGCCCGCCCAAUACAUGAGCUCCACACCAUUAACUUUAGUAUUAGGCUGUGGCUAGUGGGGUGCCGCAAGACUCAGUGCUCAGUUUUGCGUGGAAUACCACGCACCUCCUCUAUCUGGGGGUCUACCUGAGUCCCGAUGAGGGGGGGUGGCCGGCAAACUGGCAGGAGCUGGAGGCGAAGGUGAUCGCCCGGCUGGGACGUUGGUCCGGCCUACUUGGUGUGCUCUCUUACCGGGGCAGGGCUGUAGUUAUAAACCAGCUGGUGGCCUCUCUGCUGUGGUACCAGAUGGCCACUAUGGUCCCGUCCUCUUAUUUUAUAACCAUGUUACAGAGGAGAUUGGUCAACUUCUUCUGGGGUGAGAGGAACCACUGGGUUUCUGCUGGGGUUCUGAGUCUCCCGUUGGAGGAGGGUGGUCAGGCGCUGGUCUGUAUUCGUACCCAGGUGGCAGCUCUCCGACUCAGGACCC